GGUUUCCCAGAGAAAGACGUGGCAAGCUGUCUGCUAUUGCCGUCAGUUCAUUAUUCCGUGGACAAAAGUUUUUGUUCCUCCACCCGGCAGUUGUGUAGAAAGAACUUGGUUUAGUUGGACGUGGAAUUUUGAGUUUUAAAGAAAUUGGCUGCCUACUUUAUCGAUAGACUUUUCGUGUUCAAUUCAUUUAAGAAAUAAAAUGAACAAGCUUAUCUUAAUCGGAUUUUUUCUCUCUAUCAUUGCCAUUUUUGACAGUUAUGCACUUAAACCAUCUGAUUGCGAAGUUUGUUUUGCUGUUGUGGAAAAAUUUGCCGCAGGAUUGACGUCAGAUGAAAAGAAAAACCCCAAGGUGAUAGAAGAUAAAUUCAGAACAUUUUGUAAAACAUCCAAAGGAAAAGACCACAGAUUUUGUUACUAUCUUGGAGGCCUAGAGGAAUCAGCUACUGGAAUUCUAAGUGAAAUGGCCAAACCUCUGUCCUGGUCUUCACCUGUUGACAAGGUCUGUGAGAAGCUAAAAAAGAAGGACAGCCAGAUUUGUGACUUGAGAUAUGAAAAAAGCAUUGACGUCAAAACAGUUGAUUUAAAAAAAUUGAAAGUUCGCGAUUUGAAAAAGAUUCUGAGUGACUGGGAAGAAAGCUGUGAAGACUGCAUUGAGAAAGGAGACUUCAUCAAGAGGAUAGAAGUAUUGAAGCCUAAAUAUGUCAGGGAAGACUUAUGAAAAUGAAUUAGUUAAGCAUAUAAGUUAGACUAAUAUUGCUCUUCUGAUGUAACUGUCCUUUGUCCAGGAAUAAUAUUUCAUUUGUAUAUCUUUCGCAUACAUGCAACACUUCCAUGAG